AUGUACCAUUUUAAUCAUCCUCACCACAACACACACACCAUGCCUCUCUCUUCAUCCUACUCCGCCUUUGCAUUAUUAUUCCUCCUCCCUGCCUUAGCCGUCUCCACCUCCGACAACGUGGCUGUCCACCACCAUGACAACGGCCUUAAAUCCAUGCACUUCACCCUCUACCAGCAUGAUGACCUCAACAAGACAGCCUUCCUCAUAGUUAAAGGUUUUGCAGGGCCUGAGCUUAAUGCAACCGUAAGCCCCAUAGGAAGUAUUUUCGUAGUAAGGGAUCCACUUACUGCAACACCAGAUUCUUCCUCCGAGGUUCUCGGGUUUGUGGAGGCUGCAUCCAUCACUACGAGCUUUGAUGGGCUCGAAAACUUGUCCAUUGGAAAGAUCACUCUCAACUUGAAAGGACACAAGGGAUCUAUAUCAUCUCUUGGAAGUGUUAACAAUCUCAAGCCAUCUUCUGUUCCUGUAGUUGGCGGUACUGAAGAUUUCUUUCUUGUUCAAGGAUAUUUGGUUAUGGCUAUUGUUGAUAUGAAGGGUUACAAUCUUACUUACAAGUUGGAUUUCCAUCUGUAUUGGCCUCCUUAUGCUGCUCAAGCACUCAACUGUUGAUCAACAUUUGCUUGCUCGAACACCUGCAGACUGCUCAGCACUUUGCUGGUAAUAGA